CGCGAGAAGCAACGCAAUGCUACUCUCAUUAUCGAAAUGCAAGACAAGUCGACAACAAUCAAAGAUCCGAGCGCUCCGGAGAUCGAACCAAAGAAAUUCACGUUCGAUUUUAGCUACUGGUCUCAUGAUGACUUCACCGAACGAGAGGACGGUUAUUUGACGGGGACAACUGCUCGAUAUGCCGACCAGAUCCAAGUCUUUGAUGAUCUCGGUCGUGGUGUGCUUGCUAAUGCCUGGAAAGGCUACAAUUGCUCUCUGUUUGCAUACGGACAAACCGGAAGUGGAAAAUCAUAUUCCAUUGUUGGCUACGGCAGUAACAAAGGAAUUGUGCCUAUGGCUUGUGAGGAGCUUUUCAGGAAGAUCGAAGAGAAAAAAGCAAGUGGCGACAACCACGAAUUUCAGGUUUCUCUCAGUAUGCUUGAGAUCUACAACGAGCAGGUGAGAGAUUUGCUGAAUCCGAAAGGCAACAAGAAGGGAGGACUGAAAGUACGAGAACAUCCCAAGAAAGGAUUCUACGUUGAUCAGUUGGUCAAUGUUCCUGUGAAAGACUACGGAGAGAUUGAGAAACGAAUUGAAGAGGGUACACGCAACCGAACUGUCGCCGCAACCAACAUGAAUGCAACUAGCAGUCGUGCACAUACGAAUGUGGCGAUCACAUUUAGCCAGAAAGGAAAGAACGAAGCCGGUCAAGACAUGACGAAGACUUCUAGCAUCAACUUAGUCGAUUUGGCUGGAAGUGAGAGAGCUGACUCUACUGGAGCAACAGGCGAUCGAUUGAAGGAGGGCUCUGCGAUCAACCAGUCACUGUCAACACUUGGAAAUGUGAUUAAAGCAUUAGCCGAUCAGUCGAGUGGCAAAAAGGCCGUGAUGGUACCGUAUCGAGAUUCUGUGCUGACAAGACUGUUGAAGAAUGCACUUGGUGGAAACAGCAAGACUGUGAUGAUUGCAGCAUUGAGUCCUGCAGAUAUAAACUAUGAAGAAACAUUGUCAACACUGAGAUUUGCUGAUCGUGCGAAAGCUAUUAAGACAACCGCUGUAGUGAACGAAAGUCCAACCGACAAGCUCAUUCGUGAGUUGAGAGAGGAGAACAAGAAAUUACAAGAGAUGUUGGCGAAAGGCGGUGUUGUGCAGGGAGACGUGUCCGUCGGAGCAACCGAAGAAGAAAAGGAGCUGAUUAGGAAGCAGUUGGAAGAAGAGCUUGCUCUACAGUUGGCUGAGAAUCAACGCGAAAUGGAGGAGAUGAAGAGAACGUGGGAAGACAAGCUAAAGGAUGCACAUAAAUCAUACGGGGAUCAAGACACGGCAGAAAACAAGCUUAAAGAAAUGCGAGAGAAGACACCACACUUCUGGAAUCUUAACGAAGAUCCACAACUUACGAAGAUGGUGUUUCAUACAAUAGAACAGGGUGAUCAUCGUAUUGGCAACAACAGGGCAGAUCCUCCUAAUACCAUCAUUUUGAAUGGACUUAGUAUUCUACCUGAACACGCCAACGUGUCGAAUCGGAAUGGAUCAAUUCAGUUGCAACCAGCUAAAGAUGCACGUGUGUUGGUGAAUGGAGAACGUGUGAUGAGCGAAGUUCCGUUACAUCACAACGACAGGGUUAUGUUUGGUUCGAGUCAUUUGUAUGUCGUUCAUCAUCCUAAAGAAUUAGCGGCAGCAAAGAAAGCUGGUGUGAAACUGAAGAAUGUGACAUACGACAUGGCACAGGAAGAAAUUGCACAAAACUCAGGAUUUGACAUGCAGACAGAUGGAAAGUCUAAGGAGGAUAUCUUGUUGAUGGAAGAUCUUGUUGCUCUUGUUCCUAUGGUGAAUGAAGCUAAUGCGAUGUCAGAAGAACUGAACAAGAAGGUGGUCUUUGAAAUUGCUUUGGUUUCGCCUCAAGCCAGAGGACUGAAAGAGGGUCGAACAGAGGUAAAAGUGAAGAUGCGUCAUCUUGAGACAGAUCACUAUUGGUUGUGGUCACGCAACAAGUUUGUCAACAGAAAAUACCUUAUGCAGGAAAUGUACCAGAACUAUGUUGAAGGAGAAGCGUGGGAUUUGUCCGAGGAGAAAGAUCCGUUUCAUGAAGAUCCUGAAACUGACAUGAUGAUUGGCUCAGUGCACGUGUAUUUAGCAAGUUUAACGUACAUGAUUGAGUUAGAAGAGUAUCUAGUUAUCAACGACUACAAAGCAAAUGAACAAGGACACAUGGAGGUAAAAGUUGUGCCUUGCACUAAUGAGGGACACGAAGCAACCGACGACGACGAUCUCUUUGUUGAUGAUCCUGAGGAUCUGGUUGACCAAAAGAUGACAUUUGCUGUCAAGAUUCCUUGUAUUCGAGGUCUCCCAUCAAAAUUUUCCACCAAUGUGUAUUGCAAAUACAAGUUUUAUCUGGAUAAGGAGGCGGUUGUGACUCAAAAGAUAUCGGGUACUUCAAAUCCUGACUUCAAUCACAUCAAAGUCUUUAGUUACGAACCUGUUACUCAAAGGCUUCUCGACUAUUUGGCUUAUCAACCGUUGGUUAUUGAAGUGUGGGGUCAGCAAAGCAGUAGCAGUGCCUUGAAGGCAAGGAAGAAAAUGACAACGACUGAGUUGAUCGGCUCAGAACGAGGGAAAUCAGCAACAUCAGUGAAUGCCGGAUUCAAAGACGACGAUGAAAAGUAUCGAAUGUUAUGUGACUUGGCGACUGCCAAACGACGAACCGAGAGACUAGAGUCAAAAAUGAAAGCAAUAGAGGACCUAGUAGCGACAGCAAGAAACAACAAGUCUCUGACUGUACAAGUGGCUGAGUUGCAAGAGGCAUUGAAGCCCUCGACUCAACGAUUUAAAGCUGCAGCUAAGGUGAUUGCGAUGACGGAAAGGGCCAAGAGAGCAAGUGAAGAUGGCACGAUUAAGAGUGCUGCAUGUAGUGUUAUGUAAUGAGAAUUGUAGGUGUGGUAGUGUAUGGAACGUGAAAGUAUGCAGGCUUAUUGCUUCUUGUACUCUGUAUCAUAUUUAUGGUAAAUGUUAAUAUUGAAAAGAUCUGUGA